CGGCGGCGCCGCGCUGUUUCCGGACUACUUGGAACUGGGCGGAAGCGCUGUUUGGCGGGCUGUGUGGUCAUCAAGUGAAGGUGUCGUAAGUGUUGUGGAAGUGGCCGGGCCUUUCUAACAUUUUGCCAGGUGAAGUGGCACACAUCUAUAUUCCCAGCACUGGUGAGACUGAGACAGAAGGAUUCCUGCAAGUUCAAGGGCAGCCUGUACUAAAUGGACGGCUGCAGAGGUAUGGAGGUCCACAGCAAGUCUUGUGCCAGCUCAAGUUCUUCAUCUUCCACCCAGGAAUGCUCAGGGGUCUCAGUCUCCAAAGAGCUUCUGACUGUGGGUGAUGGCCCAGGAGGUAUAUGGGACAAGUUGCUCAUCAACUCCAAGCCUAAUUCCAGAAAACCCUCUACUCUUCAAACAGUUCGGAUAGAGAGGAGUCCAUUAUUAGACCAAGUUCAGAACUUUAUCCCACAGAUGGCCCGGGCAAACGAAAAGCUCAGAAAAGAAAUGGAGGCCACUUCUCCUGGUCAUUUCAAUAUUGAAAAUAUUGACAGGACCGUAGGCAAUGUUAUACAAAUGGAUGUGGUCUUAUUUGAAAUGAAUCAGGCAGAUUCAAAAGAAGAGGAUAGUUCAGAAGAGAGUUCCCAAGACAGUUCGGAGGACAGUUCAGAGUCUGAGGACAAAGAUGAUGGCAUCACCAUGGAUAAUAUUAAACUUCCUAAUUCAGAAGCUGGAAAAGGCAAGAUUGAAGUUUUAGACAAUCCACCAACAAAAAAGGAACAGUGAAAUAAAAGAAACAUUGAUACAUACCUGCUAAUUCUGAAAAGGAAUGUGGUUGUGUUUUACUUUUUUUUUUUUUUGGUGGAACUGGGGAUUGAACGCAGGCCCUUGCGCUUUCCAGGCAAGCACUUAUUCUACUGAGCUAUCUCCUUGGCCCCAUUUUACAUUUUUGAUAACUGGUGCACUCAUCUUUUUUUUGAAACCUUAGGCAAUUCAGCACAGUAUAUGAUAUGCAAGGAACUAGUUAACACUUCCAAGAGUGGAAUUCCUGUAAAAUUCCCGCACUUUAUCUCAGUCAGCUCUUAGCUUUUCAGUAAAGAUAACUGGUUUUUAUUUGUAUUUU